UCUGUUGUCAAAAGUUUUUGACAACAGAAGAACCCUUUCUGUUGCUAUAUAGAACCAUAUGCAACACAUUCUCCAUCAACCUGAAGAACCAUUUUACCAUGCACAGAACCACUUGGAAGAACUCUUGGAGAACCCUUGCAAAACCGUCUUUAAAAAAAAUCUUAAAAUGUCUCUUACAGUGUAAACGCCGUUGAGUCCACUUCCUGUCCACUUUAUAAGAAAUCUUAUAUCAGUUAUGCCAGUCAGAAACCACUGCUCGUCUGGAAACUCUGAACUGCGCAUGCGCGGCACACCUGAGCCGCCAGGUGAGCCUGGUUUCGUUUUCUCUGAUCUCAGCGCUCCAGACUUUCUUCUUCUGUUUUUCUGCUAGUUUCCUCUCGCGCGCUGCUGUGAACCAUGUCCAAAUCCGCGCGGGACGUCCUGCUCGAGGGUCUGGACGAUCUGACCGACGAGCAGUUUAAGAGGUUCACCGACAAGCUGAUUGACUCUCGCCUGGAGCCGCGCGUGCGGCGAGGCGCCGUGGAAAAGAAGGACCGCUUAGACGUCACGCGCAUUAUGAUAGACACCUACACGGAAAAGCGCGCGCUGGGGGUCGCAGGGGAUCUGCUGAAGGCGAUAGGAUGUAACCAGCCAGCGGAGGAUCUAGAAAAGGAGGCAGCAGCUUUAGAUCUUGAGGAACAUAAGCAACCGCCUCAUAAGGAACCUGAGGAACGUCCUCCUCCCGGCCCACAGCCAAACACCAGCUCUCCUCUCAUUCACUGCACCCCACAGUUCAAAGACAAAAUCCUCAAAGAAAAAGGACAGGAGAUUUACCCUGUUCUAGAUAAGGGAGUGAGGAAGCGUUUGGCUCUGCUGAUCAACAACGUGGAGUUUGAGUGUGAGAAUAUGAGGAGGAGAGGAGCUCAGAGAGACGAGGAGAACAUGGAGAAGCUGCUGAGAGGUCUGGGCUACGACGUCGUAAAACACACCAACCUCUCUGGACAGGAAAUGGACGAGGCGCUAAGAAGCUUUGCUGGACGUAGUGAGCACAAAGAGUCAGACAGCACCUUCGUGGUUAUAAUGUCCCACGGCAAGAGAGACGCCAUUUUGGGGGUCCAUCACAAACCUGACAACCCAACUGAUUUCCUUUCUGUUGAUAGAAUCUACUCCCACCUGAACACGCAGAACUGUCCUGCUCUGCUCAACAAACCAAAAGUUAUUCUGAUUCAAGCCUGCAGAGGAGAUGAGAAAGGCCGUGUUUGGGUCGCUGACAGUGCAUCAGAGGAUCUGUGGAACAUGGAGAGCGACGGUGUCUGGGAGCAUAAAGAGAAGGAUUUUGUCUCGCUGUUGUCCUGCACACCUGACACCGUGUCUUACAGGCACACAGAACACGGAGCAUUUUUUAUCGGAUUCCUGGUGGAGGUGUUCAAUGCGAACGCCCAUAAGGACCACAUUGAGGAACUGUUCCGACAGGUUAUGAGACGCUUUGAGAACUUCCAGAAGCUCAAGCAGAUGGUGUCUAAGGAUCGAAUUUCUCUCACAAAGUUGUUCUACCUGUUCCCCGGGCUCUGAGAUGACACUUGUUUUGUCUGAGCUUUUAUUCUGCUUGACUAUCACAUACGAAUCUGUAAAGAGGCGCCCUACAGUGGUGCAACUAUGGCCAAUUCUUUUUCUUUUACUUAGGAUUAAAAUGUACAAUUUUAGGAGAAAAAUGCAAAAUAAUUGAUUUUUUGUACUACUUUUUUGGUUUACAUACACAUUCAGAGUAAACAUGAACAUGAUUCACAAAGAACUGUAAUGACUUUAAUGCUGUAUGAAUAAUGAUGUACACAGCAUACCGUGAACUGGUCUUACACUGUAAUUAUGCUGUUAUGCUGUAUGUCUCUCAGAUAUAACAUGACAGGACAAACUCAGAUUAGCAGGAGAAGCUUUGUAACUUUUGGAAGGAAGUAUUAAAGCAUAUUUUUGAAAAGA